GGAUGUUUGUUGUUUUUCCUGCUAGUUUGAGGAGCGGGAGUUUAUAGUCCAGCACGCAAAAGGUCGGUUUUGUUGUUUUUGGCGUUGGCUGUGGCCCACAGUAGCAUGUGUUGUGUUGGCUAAUAAAUUGCUAGCGAAACCAACUAACUUCUCGUACUUCUCCGCCUUCUUACUGAGGCACGCUACAUUGUUAACGACGGGAGUCUGCAGCGCCACGCUCAGGUCUGCUCCGGUUACACACACAUAGUACCGGGCUAAAGUCACUCCCACCUCCAGUAUGUGAACUUUGCGUCACUUUGGGCUCCAAAAGUUAUUCUAAAAAGCCUCCGAGUGACGCAGGAUAAAGCAGCACCUGAGACCUGACAGUGUGUUUGCAAUAUUUAAUAUUUAGUUGCUGUUAAGUCUACCACCUGCAAGUUGUGAAAGAGGCUGCAGCUCUAAAUGUGCGUUGAGUCCAUGAGGCAAAGGGAGGCUUCCUGUAGUUUUGACCGUGGUGAUUCCUCCCGGGUCAUAAACCUCCAAGCCCGGCAUGGAUGAGGCCGAGAAGUACCAACAAAGGCUGCAAGCCAUAGCGGAGAGGCGUCGGCAGCAGGAAGAAGAGAAGAGGCUGACGAGGGAGACGGAAGAGGAGUGGUUGAAGACGGCCCAGGAAAAGAGGAAGUACUUGAGGGAUCAGUGGCUCAGUGAAACACCUCCUGUCCUCGCGGCACUUGACAACUUAAGGCCCCAUCGGCCACUGCGGGACGAAGCUGACAAGCACUCGACAGCAGAAACCAGAAGUCAAAAGACGCCUGAGGACGUGGAGGAGCAGACAGCUGAUCCCAGAAAAGAGAAACAAGCCUCCCAAGAAGAAAACAAAGAAUCUGUCAACUGCACAGCCAGAACACUCAGCCACUAUCAGGCUGGCACUGACGAGGACUUGCAAGUGAAUAAAGAGGCUGAGGAUCACUUCUCCAUACAAAUGGCACAAAGGAUGUUUCAUGAAAGUGGGCAAGAAGGCCGAUCAGUCCUGGGAAUGUUGGCAGUGCAGGUUGAGAGAGACCCUAAGACAGGCGCCACCAUCGUAAGGUCAGUGGCCCCUGUGUCCGCACCGGCCGGCGGUCCGGCGGCUACCACCGUCUUCGACGAUGGCAGGAAGAGCAUCCAAGCUGUCGGUGGAUCUGGGAGUCAACCCUCGACUGAAGAGCUCGGGCAGAUCUUGAGAUUUGUGGAUGGGGUGGGGAUGAAAGUGCUGCUGGAUGAAGUCACGCCAAGCGAGGCAGAAACGAAGAUAGCAAAUGCAGAUGCCAACAGAGCUCCGGAGGGAAAAGUCUUGUCUUUUUCUACCCCUCUCGCCACUUCAAAAGAGGAAAAUACUCAGUCAAACAGCUCAAGAAGCUACAAAAUUGAUGCUGCCCUGGGGACGGAGGACUGUGCUGUUAGUAUGGGAAACAAGGAGGAUAAAAAAGAAGACGGAAGCAUCAUGGCGGUGCGAGACAUCACCGGAGAAGUAGAAAACAUGGAGGAUCUUAGUUUGGAGGAAGGCCCAGUCACUCUUGUGUUCCUGGGAUACACUGAUGCUGACCAAGCUCAGAGCCAAGAGGACCAUGAAGCCAUGAUCACUGUGGAGCGAGUGAUCAUCACGGAGGAAGGAGAAGAACACGUCUUAGGACCACAAACGCACGCUUCACCUCAGGUAGGGAAAGAGUCCCAAGUGUUUCAGGACAUUCCCCUGGAUGGAAAUGGGGCAGGGGUCCAGAGAGAGGAGGGAGAUAAGGAGCUACAUAAUUCAUCUUCACCCAGUAAAGCAGAGGGAGGAGGAGGAGGAGGAGGAGGCACUCCCAAACGCAAGACCUGUCAGUGCUGCUCUGUCAUGUGAGGAAAUGAUUGAAGAGAGCGACUCCCUCCUCAGCCUUAAUCGUAUCAUUCGUAAUACUCUUGGCUUCCAUUAGACACUACAUGCUGCACUGCUGCCUAAAUGACUGAUCUGAGAGAAUAGACCACCACCUGGUGUAGUCUUACAACGGUUUUGGCUCUGAGCAGCCAUGACUUCACAUCACUUUGCCAAAGAAAGAGACAUUUAUCAUGUCGUAGGUCUUUUUAUAGCAGCUGUGGACUGACAACAGCUCUGAGGGACUUUUUAAAAAUCCACUUCCUCCCUCUGGUGGACAAAGCUGAGAGUUUCAAUAUGGAGGACAAGCCGAUAUCUCAACUGUCUGUGCCUUUUUAUUAUCCGCCAAAAAUAUUCCAUAUGUUUAGAAUAGUUUGCUCUAGGAAUGGAAGAAGCAGAAGAAGAAUAUUUUACAGCUUUGGGCAUCAGUGUUUCUAAAAGUAAUCAUGACGUGAAUCAUUGCGUCUGCUUUAAUAAUGUUCAUUUGUAAAUGAGUGACAUUUGUAACAAACUUUUACAUUUUCUACUGUACUACUUAGGGCUGUAGCUUCCACUAACAGCAGCAUUAUCCUCCUAUGAAGUCCUGAGGAUGAGUUUCUGUUCUACAAUUUACACAUUCAUUUCACAUUUUGAGUUUUUGUUCAAAUAUAUUUUAAACUUUUUAGCUUUUUGGGAAAUACGUCUUGGAAUGAAAGAGAAAGUUAAACCUAUUUCUCAGAGUCCAACUACUAGACCUUUUAAAUUGAACAGGAUUAGUUUGUUCUCCACCAGAAUUAUAUUUUCUGGGUUUGUAGGAAAGGCUUUGAAGCCGCAUUAAGGCAAUAGUAUAGGUAGAUAGAAUUUGCCAAAGAAAUAUAAUUUAGCAGUUAAGUUACAAAGAUGUUUGAAAAUAACAUUUUACAGACUUAUUUUUGUGGCUGAUCGAAACUUUUCAUAGGAGUUGCAUCGGAGGAGUUACAUCCCCCUUUCUCUUCUCUUUUAUACACGUCUGCUACAGCACAACUGAGUGUUUUAUUAUUUGUAUCCAGUGAUGGAAUAUCACAAAGUACAUCUAAGUGCAUGUCUAUUUUAUGCAACUUUAUACUAACCCUAACCCGCUACAUCUCAGAGGUAAAUGUUGUUUUACUGCACUACAUUUGUCUGACAGCUUUAGUUACUUUUCAGGUUACAAUUUUGAAUGAAAAACAUGUAUCGUUGAAUGUUUGUGAUAAAAUGUUCUUUUUAAGCCAAAUAAAGUCUU